GUUUCUGGUUAGUUCCGUCAGUUGAGUUGAGGUGUUCAAGUUUAGACAUGAGGAUUCCAACACUAUUGCUUAAUAUUAUUGGAGUGGUCAUUUUGACCGUCCAGUAUGGAAGUUCACUCCCGCAUACAACAUCAUCAUCAGUCCAAGAUUGUGGAACCACAAAAGUUGACAUGAUGUUUCUGGUGGACGCUUCUUCCAGUAUGUCACAAAUGGAAUUUAUGAAAGAAAUAAGCUUUGUGAAACAGAUUGUCAGUGAUUCAGUUGUUGGCCCCGAUCACCUUCAAGUGAGCUUAGUCACUUUUAGUACUCAUGUGCACAAGGAAUUCGGCUUAAAGCAAUACAAGACGAAAGCUGAUGUUCUGGCCGCAAUUAGCAAGGUUGUUCAGAGCGGUGGUAUAACGAAUACAAACCUCGGUCUUGACUAUAUUCGAACCAACAUCAACAAAGUCUCACAUGGGGCCCGAAGAGAUGCUAAACAAGUUCUCAUCGUUAUAACGGACGGUGCUUCGUCGAACACCCAGGCGACUAAACUAUCUGCCAGCCGCAUCCAUAAUACUGGUAUCGACGUGUUCGCCAUUGGAGUUGGAAAAGGAAUUCAUCAUGAUGAACUCAACAAUAUCGCUUCAGUUCAAGACAAUAUUUUCCAAGUAAACGACUUCAACGCCCUGAAGACAAUUGAAGGAACCAUCAAGAAGAAGGCUUGCGCUACUGUUGCUCCCAGAUGUGGUGCUGAACCAACUGACAUCCUCUUCUUACUAGAUAGCUCCGGCAGCGUGAGAAUUGCCCAUUUUAGAGAAGCUUUAAAGUUCGUCAGCCAGUUUGUGGCUGAUUCAAUCGUCGGAUCUCAUAGCCUUCAGGUUGGUGUCAUAACGUUCUCAACAAAAGUCAGGAACCAAAUUCCAUUGAACAAAUUCAGCGACAAAGAUGCUUUGAUAAAAGCAAUCAAAGCUGUGAAGUACGACCAUGGUUUGACCUUGACUGCCAAAGGGCUUCAUUUCGUCAGAACAGAAGGAUUUAGUGCUAAAAAUGGAGGGAGACCAAACGCUACACAGAUCUUGGUGGUUCUGACCGACGGAAACUCCAAUCAGGCUUUCCAGACCGUUCGAGAAUCCAAACUUAUACACUUGACACAUAUUAAGAUAUUUUCCAUUGGAGUAGGAACCCAUAUUUCUAGGAAAGAGUUAGAGAUGAUUUCUUCUGACAAAAAGAAGAACGUUUUCAUGGUGAAAGAUUACGACGCUUUGAAAACCAUAGAAGCUCAAUUAAAGAAUACAAUUUGUGCCACUACACCUCCACCACCAGUUUGUGGAGUGACCCCUACCGACAUUGUUUUUCUCCUAGACGCUUCCGGAAGUAUCUCAAAUGGAAAUUUCGAUAUUCAACUCGAUUUUCUCAGAAAAUUUGUAAACAGCUCCAUAAUCGGUAGAAAUUCAACCCAAAUCGGUCUAGUACUUUUCUCUUCUAAUGUUUACAACAAAUUUAACAUGAACGUCUAUCACGACAAGAAAGCUUUAAUUAAUGCCAUCUGGGGUGUUAAAAGAACAGCAGGAAGCACAAAAACCGCAGAUGGACUGAAAUAUGUUCGCACUAACAGCUUAAUACACGGUUCAAGGAAGAACGCUCAACACGUUGUAGUAGUCAUUACAGAUGGUCAGUCAGAUAACAAGGCAACAACCAAAUCUGAAGCUGCUCUUUUACAUAAACUUCCACAUACAACUGUGAUUUCUAUAGGUGUCGGUCGUUCUGUGGAUAGAGCAGAACUUGACAGCAUCGCAUCUGAUAAAAAUCAUGUUUUCAUGGUUAGUGAUUUUAGCACAUUGAAAAAGAUCACCUCAGAACUGUUCCGAGCCGCAUGUUAAAGUGUUUUCUUUUAAGAGACAAGAAACAAAAAUGGCGGUACUACUUUCUAUGGAAAGAUCGAAAGAUGAAGAAAAUAAAUAAAGUAAAAGUUGUUA